AUGCACGCCCGUGUGUCGAAUGGUGUUUCGCCGAACAAAUAUUACGACACCGACAUAAAAUACACCUUCGAACUCUGUCAGUGGAUUCUGAAGCCUCUCGGAAUCUACCCUUUCGUCUACAGCAACGUGAGCAAGCUCGAACGCGGGGUAUCUGUACUGCUUCUGAUCACUUGCUGCUCCAUCAUUCAAUUCGUGAUUGUACCCUUCGGUCAUUACGUGCUCUUCUACGAGAAGGACAUAAACGCGAGGAUCAAGUUCCUGGGUCCUCUCACAUUUUGCUCAACGGCUCUGGUCAAGUACGUGUACCUCUGUCUGAAGGCACCUGCUUUUAAACGAUGCAUCGAACACGUCGAGAGGGACUGGAAGAAGUUGCAGGAUCAGGUUUACCGAGAUGUCAUGAUCAAUUACAUAUCCAUGGGUCGUAACCUUAUCACAGUGUGUGCUAUGUUCUUUUACACCGGCGGGUUGUCAUAUCACACGGUCAUGCCUUUGUUGUCGAAAGUGAAGACCGAGAAUGUUACCAUCAGACCCCUCACUUAUCCUGGUUACGAAGCCUUCUUCGACGUCCAACGAAGUCCCACGUACGAAAUUGUUUAUUUUAUGCAUUGCAUCUAUGUGAUGGUUGCGGGCAACAUCACGAUGGUUGCGUACAGCUUGGCGACUAUUUUCACUAGCCACGCGUGUGGGCAGAUGAAGAUACAAAUACUGCGGCUGGAAAAUUUGACUGACGAACGAGUGACGGAGAAACGCGGGGAGGAUCGGUUGACGAUUAUUGUGAAGGAUCAUGUGGAAAUAUUAAGAUUUACAAAACUCGUCGAAAGUGCGUUUCGCGAGAUAUGUCUAAUCGAAGUGAUAGUUUCAACGCUGCUGAUAUGCUUGGUGGAAUAUUACUGCCUGAUGGAAUGGGAGACAAGCGAUUCCGUCGCCAUAUUAACUUACGCGAUGCUCUUGAUCUCCUUCAUUUUCAACAUACUGAUGUUUUGUUACUUAGGGGAGCUUCUUCUGGAACAGGGAAACAGAGUAGCGACGGCUUCUUACGAGACACUGUGGUACAAUCUGCCAGCGAAAAAGGCACGUGACAUGGUUCUCUUGCUCGCCAUUUCGAAAACUCCGCCGAAACUCACCGCUGGCAAGAUCUUCGAUCUCUCUUUGUACACCUUUGGCGUUGUGUUGAAGUCGUCGAUGGUUUAUCUCAACGUGCUGCAAACUAUGAUUGAAUUGUAA